AUGGCUGAUCAAAUAUUUUUAAAAUCUCCCAGUAAAUACGAAAAUCAAAGUUCGGCAAUGUCCUCGUCAGUAUUUCUGCCAAAAAUAGUUCUUGAAAUUGUCACAACGUUGAAUUUUCUUAUUUUAGGAGAAGUUUUAGGACUUCUAGGGAUUUUUGGUAACAUUAUCAACAUUCUGGUUUUUAUGAGGCAAGGAUUUAAGGACAACAUCAACAUCACUUUACUAGCUAUCGCAGUCAGUGACAUCGGUUCACUGAUGACACUACAGAUGUCAAAUGUAAUGUUGAACACGUGGUUCAUGCAGCUUGACAUCCCUAUCGUACAAAUGGACUUAGUUGCAUCAGUUGCUCUGUACCCACACAACUACUUCGUCAGAGUGUGUGGUUUCAUCACAGCCUUCGCCUCCGUCGAGAGGUGUUUGUGUGUGUUCGCUCCCCUCAAAGUUAGACUUAUCAUCACACGGAAAGUCUCUUUGUUUAUUGUUAUAUGUUUCUACGCUAUGGUACUCUUGGAUCUGGUGCCAGUGUAUUACAUGGUAUAUUUAGACUGGAAGUUUUUCCCAGAGACCAACAGUUCAAAACUCGCAGUUCAUUUUCGUGGCAACCCAAGUGACGUAUUCAGCUUUAUUUACUUCAUCACAGACAUAUUCCUCCCCUACACGACGUUCACCACCAUUGUAAUCUCAAAUCUGAUUCUAGCUAGUAUAAUGAGAAGACGGGCUGAAAAUAAAACGCAGCUAACUAACGCGAUCAAGUCUUGUAGGGAACUCUUUAUAAAAAAAGACAUGAAAGUCAUCAAAAUGGUUCUAGUUAUAUCAGCGUUGUUCAUUACGUGCCUGAUCCCCCAGUCUAUCAUCAACAUGGCUAUAGGCUUCAAACACGAGCUUGGCUACACGCUAAAGUACCAGGACCUGAUGGCGGUAGUCUACAGCAUCGCUUACCUUGCCGAGACCGUAGGUUCCAGCGUUAAUUUUCUUGUCUACUACGUUAUGAGUUCUAACUUUAGAAACAUGUUUCUAACGCUUGGCAAAUUUAUCCCGAGCCCUCAGCGUUGCAGGUAA